AUGGCAAAUUCAGGAUCAAAAGAUCAAGUGAAAAUAGAAAAUCUGGUAUUUGGCGGAGGAGGCGCAAUGGGCGCUGCCUAUGGAGGAGUUAUAAAGAUACUGGAACAAGUUGAAAUAUUGUCCAAUGUGAAAAGAUUUGCUGGAACUAGCGUUGGUUCUCUUGUCGCAGCAUUUCUUGCUAUGAAUUCCACGGUCUCAAACAUCGAACAAAUCCUGGAUACCAAUAUGGAGUACAUACUAAAAGAUUAUUGUUGUGGGUCAUGUAGCUGCAAUGAUCGAUGCUGUUGUGCUUGUACUUGUUGCUGCUCGUGUUGCCAAGAUUGUAUGGGUCGCACUACCUCGUGCUUUCUCUCCUUUUGUGGCUUCUGCAACCUCCUCUGUGGGGCUUGUUCCUGUAGAGAACCCUCUUUUGGAAUGUAUACUGGAAAUAAAUUCCUUAAGUGGAUUGGAACCCAGUUUGAAAUACUUGGUUUCCCCAAAACAGUGACGUUCAAAGAGUUAUAUGAGAAAAAUUGUAAUGAAUUGUGCAUAGUUGUGACCAACAUUAGCACACAUAUAGACGAAUAUUGUCACGUGAAAACAACACCAGAUAUGGAGAUAAGACAAGCUGUCCGAAUUUCUAUAUCCAUUCCAGUGUAUUUUGAGAACAUCAAAUUGAUGAAUGCCAAUUCUGGUAGAAAUGCGGUUUAUGUUGACGGGGGAGUCCUGUGUAAUUACCCAAUUAGCUGCUUUGAUGGAUGGUGGCUUUCAAUGAAACCAGAAGAUUCUUUUUUCACGAAGUUGAACGACAUUGAUAGAAUGCCCGAAAUAUAUGAGAGUAGAUUUAAACCUGAAAAUGAUGAAGAUUUAUUAAAAACUUUGGGUUUUGUAUUGUUCGCCGAUAAAGAAAGUAGGUUAUAUCGAAGACAUUAUCAUGGAGAGGAUGGGAUUAAUAAACUAACACCUGUAACAGAGCAACCCCCUAAACUGGACAUUCCAGAAACGGACUCAUUAAACGGACACUCUGAGGGAUUCUCUGUAUUGGAACAGUCUCCUAAACAAUUCAUUCCAGAAACAGAUAUAGUAGACGGAAACUCUGAGGGAUUCUCUGUAUUGGAACAGUCUCCUAAACAAUACAUUCCAGAAACAGAUAUAGUAGACGGAAACUCUGAGGGAUUCUCUGUAUUGGAACAGUCUCCUAAACAAUACAUUCCAGAAACAGAUAAAGUAGACGGAUCCUCUAAGGAUUCCUCUGCAACAGAGCAGCAUACUGAAUUGGAAAUCAAAAAAACGGAUACAACCGAUCAAGUUUUCAGAGACAUAAACACAAAGCUGAAAAGAAAAUUCUUGGCCUUGAACGAAGCCACUAGUGACAGUGAAAACAAAAAUUUAAUCACAUUUCUGAAGUUUGUUGCUGCUAGGAAUAGAGAAAACAAGCUAGAAAUGAAAGACUUCGUCGACGAACUGGAAAGGUUUAAAGGUCAACAGACAGACGUUUUUGAGGAUUUAUUCGGAGACAGAAGUCCAACACAAGUAUGGACAUACUUAACACAGAGAAAAUGUGGAAAGAUAGAAUUUUCAGACAUAAGUCGCUUCAUCACAAGGAACACCGGCUACAGUGUAGAUCAGUGGUAUAGUGGAUUCUCUUACAAACUUUCGGAAACACCAACAGAUUUCUUAGGCUCCGUACUCAAAACAAUGAUGCUGAAUUCAAGCAGAAUCUAUAUGAAGAAAACAGAUAUUCCAAGGACAGUCGGAAUAAACACAAAAUACAUCACAGGUCUAGACUUUGACCUGGAAGACGGUGACAAAAAACUUUUAGUACAGUGUGGAAGAGAUGCAACUGUAGAAUUCUUGAAGGCCCGAGGCUAUAAAUUUUAAAAUGUACAUGAAACGGAAAAGUGAUUACCACUCAAACUUUCGAUUACAUGUACAUUGUACAGACAGUUUUUUUUAGCGCAGUGUACCAUUUUUGUUGUUAGUGUCAUUUAUUAUACUUUGUAAUCAUACAGAUGCCGAAAAUGAUAAUUACUUUUAAACAUGUCUAUAAACGGAAUACCUCUGGUAUCUCAUAUGAAGAGGACUUCCUUUAAUUACUUUGAUAUCUUCAAAACUGGAUCUCUCUUUCAAGAUUUAUCAAAUGUUGAAAAUCA